AUGACGAAUAAUGUGAACCCGACAAAAAAUAUCGUAGCAGUGAAUACUACGAAAAUGAACGCUCGGGAACAGGAAGAAAACACCCGACACCGUCAACUCAGGUGCUCGGACGAGAAGUUGUUGUCGUCAUCGUCGUCAUCGUCAUGGUGGUCCCAGAAAGCAGGUCUAGGUGUCAGUGGGCAGUCGUCGAAAAAUGCUGUGACGUCGGGUUCACUUCCGCUGACAGUAUCGCGCUCCUCCGCAGGAUCCACGGCAUUCGCGAUCGCCUAUGGCCGACUCGGAUUUCCGCUGGCCACCGUCCACGGGGUGGUGGACGGUCAGCGGUUACGUUGGCUGGUGCCACCUGAGUUGGUGGACUACAACGCGUAUCUGCCUGUACUGGCCGACGGCCUGCGCGAACGACCCAUGCCUUACGGGGCGUGCGCGACGUUCGGCCUGUGGGAGUUGCUGGCUUGGGACAGCCAGGGUGACCGCGUGCUGUCCGCUUUGCCCCAGACCGUGUUCCCGAUCCGCCGGGCUCUGGACGUAGGCCGACGCGACUGGCCAACCACGGUGCGGGCACUCAAAUCCCUCCAGAAGCUGUCUUCGGCCGGCCGCAAAGGCCUCGUAGGGCCGGCCAUGGUGCCCUAUUACCGACAGCUGUUGUCACCCAUCAACAGAUACCAGCACACCAGUGCUGGCGUGAUCGCCACUGACGGCCUGGACGCUAAAGGCGGGUUUCCACUAUACACGUUUGCCGUGUACACGAAAAAUGUUCAGCUAUGUCCAACAACACGGUAUCAUGUGGAAACCCGCCUUAACGUCACGUAUAACCUGUCCAACCUGUGCAAUGACACGCUGUGCGUGCUCGAGCGCACCGGUGGGGCUUGCGCUUACAGCAGCAUCAAGUCUGUUGUACCAACAUACCAGAGCUGUAUCUCGGUAGUUGGAGGCACAGCAGCAUCUGGUAGCCUGGACAGGAUCAAAGUCGGCUACAAGGCACUUCCUAAAUAA